UUCAACGGCGGGGGUUCCUCGGCGCGGACUCACGCACCAACACCGUUAUUUGAGGUGAUCGAGCUGAUUGUUGAUGUGAAGGGGUGCCAGCAGACGAUUGUUAUAAUCUCCUGGGAGAAAAAUCCUUAUCCAGAAUCAAAGAAGUUGUUCACGAAGAUUGCUGUUGCUUACGAGGCCAAUAUGGAGGGUUUCGAGGGGAGUAAUGACAGCGCUGAGGUGGCUAGUGAUGAUUUCAAGUCAGAUAUUAACGACAGAGAAGAAAGAUCCUAUAAUACAAGCAAUAUGUUGACGGACACAAAUCACAUGCUUGCCAAUGGGAGAAUGGAUGUUCCACUAAGCCUAUGCUUUGUGAAUGCACAUGCGGACGACCUUUUGUUGCACUAUCUGCUGAGGUGGGGUCGGGAGCUAAACGAGCUAUACAGAAACAACAGCACUGCACUGGUC